AUGGACAGCCGAGGGGCCAAGUCAUCCAGGGCCACGUUGUGUGGCGCCUGUCUGUGGGUGACUGUGCUCGAACGGCACGGCUCUUUGGGCACCCAAGACGUCGAUCAAGAGGUGGAGGAUUAUCAGCAGAAAUCUUCCGUGACAGGCAAUCUGUCUUUGUCCAUCUCCGUCAUCGUCCGAGCUGUCAGAUUCCACCUGCGCAUCGGCGAGGGCCAGCCACCCAUGAAGCCUCUUCAAGGGUAUGAGACCUCUGGCCAGGGAGAGGUAAUCUGGGAGUGGGAGGGCAACGGGACGGGCGCGGCCCUCUUUUUUGACUUCCAUCUCAAUUUGGACGGGUGGGACAACCGCACACGGCUUGAGAACACAUAUUGUGGCAGGGCAAAGUUUGCAGAUGAACCAUGUGGAUCAACUCUCAGUCCCAUCACGACCUACGAGAUCAGAAUUCGAAGUGAUGAGCUAGAGUCGGCCUUGGCAAAGAUGCGCAGCCUUUCAUUACGAAUGCUUCAUUUAUCCGGUGCGCGACCUGCGGCCAAGACUGUAGACACGAGCUGGCAGGAGUCCAAUAUCGUUGAGGCCGGCUUGGCCUUUUCGACUUCUCUCUGGCACAGAGUCCAUGCGGCGGCAGAAGAAGCAGCAGCAACAGUCAGCGACUCGAGCUGCUUCUGCAGCGGCUUCAAGCGUUGCUCUGCAGGUGCUAGCAUCAUCCCCCCCAAUGGCGGCGACAACAACGGCGGCGGCGCGGGAGGGAGGGAAAGGGAAGAGCGGACCGCUGCGUAA